AUGCACUUUUCUACCAUUUUUCUCACUGCGGCAAUUUGCGUUGUUGGCGCUGCUGCCGCUCCAACCCCAAAUAACGCCGCCCUCGAUGUGACUCGAAUUGGCCAACUUGAGGCGCGAAGCUCUUCAAAAGCACCUACGGAAGAGGAACUAAAGAAAAUGACUAAAGAAGAACGUCAAAAGCUUAUAGCCGAACAGCAGCAAAGGUUGAAAAUACUCGACAAAGAGAUAGCCCGAACUCAAGAGGCUGCGAGAAGGGCCAAGGGGAAGGCGCACGCCGAGACGCAGGGUACGCAGGGUACGCAGGGUACGCAGGGUACGCAAUUUGGUUGGUAA